AUGGAAGACCAAGACAGGACGGCUGCCGGACAACAAGCUGAGCCAUUCCUAGAGGGCAUCUUUGCGGUAGCCAAGCCUGCACAUGUCUCGUCAGCAGACGUCCUCCUCAAACUUCAAUCAACAUUCGCUCCAUCGACUACAUUUGCGCCGCUGCUCAAGCAUCAACCUAAACGUGCCAGCAAAUCAUCCGAUCAGGUGUUUCGUUUAGGUCAUGGUGGCACGCUCGACCCUUUGGCUUCAGGCGUACUUAUUGUAGGGAUCGGGCGCGGUACAAAAUCACUAUCGCAGUUUUUAGCAUGUAACAAGACUUACGAAACAGUCGUUGUGUUUGGUGCUAGCACCGACAGUUAUGAUUGUACGGGAACCAUUGUUGAAUCGGCAGAUAUCUCGCAUAUCACUCGUCAGUUGGUCGAAGAAAAGCUGGAAAACUUUAGAGGAACCAUCCAGCAAGUCCCUCCAGUAUACUCUGCGUUGAAGAUCAAUGGCAUCAAGGCUUGCGAGUACGUGCGACAGGGUAAGGAGUUACCAAGAGAGUUGGAGAGUAGAGAGAUGAACGUCGAUGAAUGCACGCUGCUAGAUUGGUAUGACAUGGGAGAGCAUUCCUUUGCACUUCCUGGCGGAGAAGAGCCUGCUUCAGCGCCUGCAGCGCGUAUCAGGUUGACUGUGUGCUCUGGUUUCUACGUUCGCAGCUUUGCGCACGAUCUGGGUAUUGCAUGCAGCACUUUUUCAUACAUGGCGUCUCUGGAUCGCACUCGCCAAGCCAACUUUACCGUCGAUUCCUCACCCAGAUCUCCGGAUACUGUUUCCGCCCUCACAUACCCAGAACUGGAUGCUGGCGAAUCCACAUGGGGUCCGAAGCUCAAACCACAGCUUGAGAAGUGGGUUGCGGCGAAUCCGAUGAACUCAGGGCAUGUCAAUGGACGUCAAGAAAGCAUGAAGAGGAAGAUGGCGCAGGAUAAAGAAACGAAGCCUAGACAGAGAUUCCGUGGAGAAUGGGUAGCUGAGACGAAGAAAGAAAGGAUCAAGCAGCAAGGAGGUAAAUUUAAGGGUAAAUGGGGACGGAAGCCCAAGGUUGAGCCAGCCUCGGAAUUGCCUUUAGUAGCACCCUCAGACCAAAUUACAAACACCAAAGGAGACUCCCCCAGCGAAGCGAAACCAACAACAUGA